AAGAUAUUCGACUUCUAUUCGCGAGUAGGCCAGUAUAUAAGUCCAUUCGCUGCUUAUUCACCCGUCUCGUUACUUUCUGAGAUGAGUUUCUGAUCGAAGACCAGUAUGGUAUCAAGAACAGCACGUUUUCUGGUUCUGGUGACUUUGCUAAGUAACGUGCUGGGUGUGUCAAUUGUAAAGAGACAAGCGGAAAGUACGAAUUCUGACACCCAGAAUGAUUCCGAUCUAUGUAAGGGUAGAUCUCCCAGCGAGUACUUUCGCCUGACAGCAGCGGAAGACUGUCGAGACGUGGUUCGUUGUUCCGUACAAGGACUGCUGGCACUAAGAUGUCCCACGGGACUGGCAUUUGACAUCGAAAAACAAACCUGUGGGUGGAAGGACCAAGUCAAGAACUGUGAUCAGGUGGAGAAACCUCGUCUGGCCACGCCCCUUCUUUCCACAGAUGAACCAAUCUGCAGUGAAAACCAGUUAGCUUGUGGGAACGGUGAAUGUAUCGAGCGUAAGCUGUUCUGUGACGGAGAACCUCAGUGUACUGAUGGAUCUGACGAAAACGCUUGUACUAAAGAAAAGGAUCCUAACAGAGCGCCUCCUUGCGACCAGAAACAAUGUAUCUUGCCAGACUGUUUCUGUUCUCACGAUGGAACUCUAAUUCCUGGAGGAAAAGAUCCGAACGAAAUUCCUCAGAUGGUCAUGAUUACUUUCGAUGACGCUGUCAAUAUCAACAACAUUGACAUAUAUGAAGAACUGUUCAGAGAAGGUCGGAAUAACCCUAAUGGAUGUUCUAUAAAGGGUACCUUCUUUGUUUCCCAUAAAUACACCAAUUACUCUGCAGUUCAGGAACUUCAUCGCAAGGGGCACGAAAUUGCUUCUCAUUCCAUCACUCACCGAGAUGACGAGACAUACUGGAGCAGUGCCAAUCUUGAAACUUGGGCAAAGGAAAUGGCGGGAAUGAGGUUGAUUAUUGAAAAGUUUGCCAACAUCACAGACAACUCAAUUGUUGGUGUCCGUUCGCCAUACCUGCGCUUGGGCGGUAAUACCCAAUUCCGUAUGCUGGAAGAACAAUCCUUCUUAUAUGACUCAUCCGUUACUGUCCCUCUGUCCAAUCCUCCCCUCUGGCCCUACACCCUUUACUUUAGUAUGCCUCACAAGUGCCACGGUAAUGGGCAGAACUGUCCCACGCGUUCUCAUGCUGUGUGGGAGAUGGUCAUGAAUGAGCUGGACCGUCGUGAGGACCCAAGUUUUGAUGAAAACCUGGCUGGUUGUGCCAUGGUGGACAGCUGCAGCAACUUGAUUACAGGUGAUCAAUUCUACAAUUUUCUCAAUCACAACCUGGAAAGACAUUACACCACCAACCGUGCUCCUCUCGGCUUGUUUUUCCAUGCCGGCUUCCUUAAGCUGAAUCCUGAAUUUUUGGAUGCUCUGAUAAGCUGGAUCGACGAGAUGCUGGACAGAACGGACAUUUACUUUGUCACAAUGACACAAGUUCUUCAAUGGAUGCAAAACCCUGCAGAGCUGAGCCGCAUACGAGAAUUUCCUCCAUGGAAGGAGAAGUGUGAGGUCAAAGGUCAGCCUUAUUGUAGUAUUCCCAACGCUUGCCCACUAACAACUCGUGAACUUCCAGGAGAAACCAUUCGUCUACACACUUGUAUGGAUUGUUCCCAAAACUAUCCAUGGAUCGAAGAUCCCACUGGAGAUUAUUUUUCCUUCAAAAAAUAAAUGAUAUCUAAAAGUUAGAUAAUUUAAUUUUUUAAACAAAUUUGACCAUUUAAAUAUCAUGUUUUAAUCUUCCCCAGCAUGUUUAUUGUUCCAUGUUUCGUCGAUUUGUUUUGCAGAACAUUAUCCUGUGGUUUUUUUUUUUACAGGAUUGUUUAGGUAUACCUUUACACGUAUGUAUGAGGGUAUGUAAUUUGCACAGCUGUCUUUACUGAGCCUCUCAGUCUGGCGAGCUCUGAUCUGAAUGAGAAGUAAAAGUUUCAACCAGUUCCGGCGAACAUUUAGCUUUGACAUUGGACAACUGUGUGACGUGUAACUUGUAUAAACACUUUAGCUACGGAAAUUAAUUGUCAUUGACAAACAUUUGUAGUUUCCCAAACAAAUCUGAAUUUUCUCUCUUUUUGAGCCUUAAUUAAUCUCUAGUAAACAGUGAUUAAAUAGACGACUGCGAGUUAAUUACCUCAAAUGUACAGAAAUGUUGAAAACAUUUAAAAACACAUUGGCUUUAAAUAUUUUUUGUAUCAAAUUAGACGCCUCUUCUGACCAUUUCAGGAAGAAUAGGAAACAAAACUAGUACACGAAAACACCGGAACAUUACCGUUUGUAAAAUAACGUUUAUAAUAAAAUAAAGUGUUUUGUAAUUUUGAAAACUUUUAUGAAUAUAUAUACAGCAUAAAGGCAGAUCAGGAAUUACUGGGCCAACCUUGAAAUUGCAUCGUGAUUUGUAAAGCUAAAUGUUUGUCUGUUCUCGUUGAGGUCGAUGAUAUUGACAAUCUGUUGCCUUUCUGCGCCCUUCGAACAGUUACGUUCGUUAUUCUAAAUGUUGUGAUUAUGUGCCUAUCAGCUUAAACUUCAAGAUCUUAUGUAAUGCUACUGGUUUUAGAAUUUUACACAUUAAAGAGAAAGUUUUUUCAAUCA